AUGGACAGCCUCCAGGACAUGGACCCCCAGGCCCGAGCAGUCUGCUGCCCGGCCCUCCGCAGGAUAAUCCCUGGCGGCUUUGGGGCUGAGGCGCGGACACUCUUUGUCCUUUCUGGACCCCUGUUCCUGUUCCAGAUGCUGACCUUCAUGAUCUAUGUCGUGAGCUCCGUGUUCUGUGGGCACCUGGGGAAGGUAGAGCUGGCGGCAGCCACCCUGGCAGUGGCCUUCGUCAAUGUCUGUGGAGUUUCUAUAGGAUUUGGCUUUUCCUCGGCAUGUGACACCUUGAUGUCCCAGAGCUUCGGCAGCCCCAACAAGAAGCACGUGGGGGUGAUCCUGCAGAGGGGUGUGCUCAUGUUGCUUCUGUGCUGCUUCCCAUGCUGGGCGCUCUUUCUCAACACCCAGCAGAUCCUGCUGCUCUUCAAGCAGGACCCGGAUGUGUCCAGGCUAACCCAGGAGUACGUGCUGAUCUUCAUCCCAGCCCUUCCGGCGGUUUUUCUUUAUGGACUGCUAGCAAAAUAUUUGCAGAAUCAGGGGAUCAUCUGGCCCCAAGUCCUCAGUGGCGUCCUGGGCAACUGUGUCAAUGGCUUGGCCAACUACGUCCUGGUUUCCGUGCUGAGCCUAGGGGUCAGGGGCUCUGCUUAUGCCAACACCAUGUCUCAGUACACGCAGGUCACCUUCCUCUUUCUCUACAUUGUGCUGAAGAAGCUGUACCUGGACACGUGGGCAGGUUGGUCCAGCCAGUGUCUACAGGACUGGGGCCCCUUCUUCCACCUAGCCAUCCCCAGCAUGCUCAUGGUAUGCGUCGAGUGGUGGGCCUACGAGAUCGGAAGCUUCCUCAUGGGCCUGCUCAGCGUGCUGGACCUCUCCGCACAGGCCAUCAUCUAUGAGGUGGCCACGGUCGUCUACAUGGUUCCCAUGGGGCUCAGCAUUGCCAUCUGUGUCCGAGUGGGGACGGCCCUGGGAGCCACAGACAUUGUUCAGGCAAAGCGGUCGGCCGUGUCAGGCGUGUUAUGCUCAGUUGGCACCUCGCUGCUGGUGGGCAUCCUAUUGUUAAUCCUGAAAAAUCAACUGGGGCGUAUUUUUACCAAUGAUGAAGAAGUCAUUGCCCUGGUGAACAAAGCAUUGCCGAUUUAUAUCAUCUUUCAGCUAUUUGAAUCCCUCUGUUGUGUCUAUGGUGGAGUCCUGAGGGGAACAGGGAAGCAGAUCUUCGGAGCGCUCGUGAACGCCGUCAUGUAUUACGUCGUCGCCCUCCCGCUGGGCAUCGUGCUGACCUUUGUGGUCAGGAUGAGAAUCAUUGGCCUUUGGCUGGGCAUGCUGGCCUGUGUCCUUCUGGCGGUUGUCGCCUUCACUGUCUUUAUGGUCCGGAUAAACUGGAAGCUGGCUGCAGAGGAGGUGAGUGAGUCAGCCGCACAGACCUUAAGGCUGGUUCUGGCCAACACAGGUUCCAGACCUGGGCCUGAGAAAGCUGUGGGAUCUUCAGUGGCAACGGGCAGUUCCCCAGGCAUUAUCCUGACAACGUACUCACGGCCUGAGUGGCAUCUGGACCUCUUCAGGAAUCCUGAAGCAGCCCAUUCCCUCUCAGAUCCUGGCAGCAAGCUGUCAAUGAAACAGCUGGCCAUCCGCCGUGGGGCUGCUCUGGGGGCAGCGUCAGCCAUGUUGACAGUGGGCAUUGUCUUCCGGGCCCUGACUACCAGAUACUAG